AUGGGUGUCCUCUCAAUCCUCCCCGAAACCUUCAGUGCCGUGGAAACGUGGCUCACGCGUUUAUUUCUCCUCCUCGGCAUCAUUACGAUUGGGCCCUGGGCAGUUCUUCUACUGUACGACCUGCUGCUCUACAUCGUCCGCUCCAUAACCCACGAGAUCCCCCUGGUCGGAGGCCGAGCCCGGGGGAAGGCACGACCGCGCGCACCCAGCCUCACAGAGCGCCCCAGUGGUCAUCGUCGCAAAUUCAGUCUCGCCCGUACAAAUGCGGCAGCCUCUCACGCGACUGCUGGCGUCAAGUCGGAAGCUGCGGAUCGGCGCUGGAGGCACCUUAAAGAGGAAACCGAUGAAGAUUCAUCAAGUAUUUGA